CUCCCUCCCUCUCUCCCUCUCUCUGAGAUCCCUUCCUUCGAAGCUCGCUCUCUCCUCUUCCCAUGGAGACGGAGCUUAUCCCGGUGGUCGACCUCCGCCUCCUCUCCCAGGCCGAGCUCAACACCCUUUCCCUCUCCUGUCCCAACGCCUUCGACCCCCACCGCUGCGACGAUAUCGUCGUCCCCAAGAUCGACCGCUCCGUCUUCAAUGAGAGCGCCGGCAGCCGCAAGCAGACCUACUCCCGCCUCCGCCUCGCCCCCCGCAAGCCCAACGUCCCCCCUUCUUCGUUCUCCUCCUCCUCCUCCAUCGCCCGCCGCCGCCCCCGCGGCCACCUCUCCUCCUCCCCCCAUUCCUUCUCCGCCACAUCCGCCACCGACGGCACCAGCGCCGAGGAUGACGACCCAGGACGCCGCAAGAAUCAGCAGAUCGUCUCCUUCCUCCGCCAGCUCUUCGCCCGUGAGGACUCCUCCGCACCCCCUCCCCAACUCCCAUCCCAGUCUCAAACCAACCUAGCGCUAACCGUAGCCACCCCCAUCUCCACCCACCGGAAUCCCGACGCGGGUGAUAGUAGUAGCAAGGCGUUGGUAGUGGUGGAUGAUAGGGAUCGGGAGGUUCUGAAUGCCAAGGGCGUGGCGGUGGAUUUGGUCGGGUUGGGGGAAAUGGUGGAUCCUUUUGGGGAGAAGCUGAGGCGAAGGACGGCGGGGUUAAAGGCGGAGGAGGAACUGCUGCGGUUUUUGAGUGGCUUGGAAGGGCAGUGGGGGAACUGGAGGAAGAGGAGGAAGAUCGUUGAUGCGUCGGUGGUGGGGGAUGACUUGCCAAGGGGAUGGAAACUGCUUCUCGAGCUCAAGAGGAAGGACGGUGUGGCCGGGCUGAACUGCCGGCAAUACGUUAGCGAACGAUUUAAAGAUCAUGAUCAAGUGCAUUUGGAUUGUCUCAUGUCUUUUGAUUGCCCAAAUGGCAAGCAGUUUGUGUCUUGCAAAGAGGUUUCUUCAUACAUACUCUCCCUUAUCAGCCACCCAAAUGAAAUGCGAUCCGUUUCUGUUCGAAAUGAUGGGAGCACUCAUGAACUUGAUAAAUCGACUCCUAGAUCCCAGGCUACAGGUCUUGCCCAUCAAGAAGACAUUGUGAGGGAAAAUCACAGCUUCUCUUCAGUUACCCCUAUUGCUUCUUAUUUAGACGAUAAUCAGAAGCAAGUUGUCUUAUACAAGGUUGAGAAGCAGACAUCGGAUGAUUUGAAAAAUAUUCUAGAAUGUCAUGCAUGCCAUCUAACAUUUGCUGACAAGGACACAGAUAUGCAACACCAGUUGUUGUUUCAUCAAAGGAGUGUGAAGCGGCGUAGACUUGGCAAAUCCAUUGGGGACGGUGUCAUCGUAAAAGAUGGUAAAUAUGAAUGCCAGUUUUGUCACAAGACUUUUAGUGAGAUACAUCGCUACAAUGGGCAUAUUGGGGCUCAUGUGAGAUACCAAGGUCUGAGUGCUGAAGGACUGCCAGAUAUUAUGACAAGAAAGAUAUUUAAUCCAUCCCCCUUAGUUGCAGUACUAUAUGGUUUCUCAGAGACUAAUUUGGCUAAAGAGAAUGAAGAAACUUGUAAUGCAAAAUCUGCUGAUGAACUUCAUGUUGAUUCCUCUGAGUGCAGAAUUGAGACCAAGAAUCCUGAAAUUGAUCAUAAUGCAAAGUCUGGUGGUAGUAAAACUACUGAAGUAGCCUGCACAAGCAUCUCUGUUGAUGACCAAAAUAAUGAUCAUAAUUUGACUAAUUACAAGUCUGAUGAGAUUGUUCGGGAAAGAAAUAUCACAGAUGACAAAUCUGCUGCAUGCAUGGAUGCCAUAUCUCCUUUUGUUGUUGAUGUAAACAAUGUGGCACAAAAUUGCUCACGUUUUACCACUCGAGAAGCAUCUACAAGCAAUUAUGUUGAUGAUCAGCCGAACAAUAUUGAUAUGAUUGAUUAUAAAUGUAAAGUUGUUGAGGCUAGUAGUGUUGAGGAUCUCAAAUGUAAUGACAGCCAGGGUAAUGAUAGUGAUGGAGGUGGUUAUAUAUUAGAGGAUAUCAUCGAGUCUAGCAAUACCAAAGAUGUCAAGCCUGACACAUGCUUGGAUGCCGUGUUUUCCCCUCCUAAAAAUGGGGACAUUGCAACCUGUGAAACUAUGACUGAAAUUGGUCCUUCCUCCACGAGCAUUUCUGUUGACAACGUUAAUGAUUAUCAUAUGACUGGCCACAAAUCUGAGGAGGUUGUUGACAUUAAUAAUGCCGUGGGUGUUAAACCUACUAAUAAUGAAAUCGAUCUUUCUUCAUGUACUAUGAUUCCAGAUAUUGGAAAAUAUGGCACUGAUGAGAAAGUCAACUCAGAAAGACAUUUGCUAACCAUAUCAGGUAAUGAAUCAUCUUAUGGGAUUGAGACUUUUGCAAAUGAUAUUCUUUCUAGCUCCAUGGAAGAAAACAUUCUUGAUGAACCUGAUACAUCUGGCAAUGGGUUGAAAACUGAAUUUGCAGGUUGCCAUUCAUUUUCUGACAAAGAACCGGUUACUGGGAAUAUAAUGCCUGAUGAAUUUAAUGCUUCCUGUACUGACACUACUUUUGUCAAUGGGCACACUGGGGUGAUUGAGACUGAUGCACAUCGUAUGUUUGAUAUUGACAUGAACGAAUCUGUGCUUGAAGAAAUGGAUAAACCUGGUAAUGUGCUGGAAACUUGCUUUGUUACUAGCAAUGCUGGAUGCGAAGAGGUUGUUCUGAGCAAUGUUGUUGCGAACAAUGAUCGAACAAACUCCCUGCAGGGUAAUGUGGCUGGCACAUCAUCAUGGGUACAUUCAGCUGAUGGUGUCCCAAUCGUUGAUAUGAUCCCAGAACAGACAUCUAAGAUGGCUCUAAUUCAGAGGAGAGGCAAAGCACCUUCUGUUGGCUUGAAGAAUAUGGUCAAUGGAAGGUGCUACUUCAGUCACUUCGUCCAUUUUACUGUCACCCUUGUCAAGUCUAUGUCUCGGGAGCAAAAGGAAAGGGUGACCGGCACUCCAUUUGGACACAUGCUAGCUCUUCCAUAUAUUAAGCAGAGUAGGCCAGUCCUAGACACAUUGCUUUCCUUUUGGGAUGAUAAGAAGGAGGGAUUUUGGUUUGGUAAAGUGUUAGUGCCUUUUGUAGGGAGUGAUUUUGCACUCAUCCUUGGUUUGAGUGCCACAGGCAAUGAGGUCCAACUGCAUAAGGAGGGAAGGGUUAAGUCUGACCUCAUCACCCGAUUUUUUGAGGGUGACCAUAAAAAAGCUGAUAGAGAUGCAGUAAAAAAUAAAUUACAAUAUCUUGUUGGAAAGAGUGAAAAAACAAGAUGUAGAAGAUUUCACCAAAUUAUGGGUUCUAUAUCUCUUUGUGACUAUCCUCUUUCCAUCCAUACACUAUUAUAUUCUUAAGGCAUUAUGUUCAUAUCUUGAUGAUUUAGACUGCUUAGGUUCAUAUAGUUGGGGUCUUGCCGUUUUUGCUUUUCUUCGCCAGCAGAUACCUAGUCUAGCCGAGAGUGUGAGGACAAGGAACAUCACCGGCAAGGGAUCUACUAGGUAUAUGAAUGGCUGCACUGUCGCUCUUGUGGCAUGGGCUGUUGAGCAUGCGAACAGCCUUCUGGGAAGCCCACCGGCCACCGUUCAUGUAUCCACGUCUCCUGCGUUGGAGCAACGCCCCAUUCCCUCGCAAGCAUUAGGUGAUCGGAAAGCUAGAGCCUAGGGAGGAGGAGUUGCACCUUCUAUCGCGAGGAAGGCCACAAGUGCGGGCUCCAAUAGAGAUGCGAGGAGAUGAAAUUUUUGCAAAAGGGUGUGCACGAUAUAACUCAGUUUCCGUCAUCCAGCCAAAAUGAGCGACAUCCAAUGGAAUGCCUAGAGACACGAAUGAGAGUGAUAGAGAGGUCCUUAAUCGCACAUGGCUUUAAUUUAGAAGACCCUCAAACAUUUGGGUAUGCCGAAGGGAAGAAUGCUCGAAUGGUCCUGUUCAAUAAAAGGCUGUCGAGAGUCGAGAAGAUCCUCCGAGACGAGGACUUUGAUACCAACUUUUCAUUCUAUUUUUCUGUUCUCUUGUCCCACAUCGGUGUGGCAUAUUGUCAUCUGAACAUCUCAAUGGAUAAUGCAGCAAUGGGUUAGGGUUCUUGAUA